ACAGCUCUCAGUCGAGUCUGGGCGUGCAAGGAGGCAGCAUGUGUGCGCUUUAAUGUGUGCAGGACUACCGCUUGGAUUCUCCCGUCUUGGGCAACCGCUGCACUGAGGUCAAGCCGACUACUCGAAAGAGGCUUUGGAGACAACGUUGUAGAGGACGUGAGGUUUUCCCUGUCGUCUUAAUCGUCGCGCUCGCCGCCUUGCGAGCGUGACGCGGAGAAUGAUGCGCUUGCAAGAUGGCGAGGCUGAGAUGCUGCUAAGGCCCAGACCUUGACAUCAGUUGCACGAUGGGGAAUGUGGAGAGCCAAAACGGCGAGAGCGCCUUCCACGGCGUCUCCGCCGGACAUCUCUCCCGCAAGCACACGUCGUCGCGCUCUUUCUGCCUGUCGUCGGCCUCCAAGCGGCCGGCGGCCCGCCGCCCUCGCCAAUCGCUGUCGGCCAAGCAGCCCGAGCGCCACCGCAAUUCGGAGGCGUCCACACGCUCCUCCAGCACGCCCAGCAUCCCACGCUCGUUGGACGCUGCCCCGGACGACGACGCCGGCGGCCUGGCCCGCUUCGGCGCCAACCCGCACUGGACUCAGCGCGUGGCCAUGACCUUGAGGCCCGAGGAGCACGACGCCUCGGCCUCGCCCGCGCCGGGUGACGACGCGUCCAGCUUUAAGAAGAAGCGCUCCAAGUCGGCCGACAUGUGGAGGGAGGACAGUCUGGAGUUCUCGCUGUCGGACCUCAGCCAGGAACACAUGACCAGCACGGAGGAGAUGGUGGAUGGAGGCGAGGAAGAAGAGGAAGAGGAGCAGUUCAGCCGAGAGCCCAGAGGACCCAACGGUGUAGCCGAGCGCGCCUCAUCGCUGGACCACCUGUGCGGCCACCACGGCGCCAAGCUCAGGGGCCAGAGGGCACGGCGCAGAGAAGUCGAACAGGACGACGACGCCGAGACGGGGCCGACGUCUCCGAGCGAGGAGGACGGCGGCGGCGCAUACGUGGCUUUCACGCUCCCCUGCCGACGCUCGCACUGCCUCUCGGAGGGGCCGUCGGGGCAUGGCUCGGCGCCGGUGCCGCCUCAGCGGCCUGUUUUUCAGGGACGCCGUGCGCAAACCACGCAGGACAUCUCAUCCGCGCUGGGCGAAGGCAGCGAGUACGGCGACAGCGGCAUUGACGGAGUGACGGCCGAGACGGAGGCGGCGGCGGACGGCGAGCUGUUGUCCCGGCGCUGCAAAGCCAUGUCGGCGUCCUUCUCCGUGUACUCGGCCGUCGAGAGCGCCCUCUUCCACAACGGCAGCGACAGCGGAAGCAGCAGCGCCGGCGUGGCGGAGGCGCGGGGCAGCAGCGGAGGCGUCUACGAGAACUUCCGCAAGGAGCUGGACAAUCAAGUCUGGGCACACCGAGGCCAGGACCGCUUAGAGGUGUGCUCAGCAGUCAGCGACGAGCAGAGCAGCGGCACGCUCAGCAGCGCUUACCCGUCGGAGUCGGCGGUGGCGUCGGCCUGCGCCCACAGCACGGUACGAAAGGCGGGCGCGUUGGCUGUCAAGAACUUCCUGGUCCACAAGAAGAGCAAGAAGGUUGAGCCGGCCACCAGACGCAAAUGGAAACACUACUGGGUUUCGCUCAAAGGCUGCACGCUGUUCCUGUACGAGUCGGACGGUCGCUCGGGCAUCGACCACACCAGCGUUCCCAAACACGCGCUCUGGGCCGAGAACGCCAUCGUGCAGGCGGUUCCGGAACACCCCAAGAAGGAUUUUGUCUUCUGCCUCAGCAACUCGGCCGGAGACGCCUUCCUCUUCCAGACGUCAGGUCAGACGGAGCUGGAGAACUGGAUCACGGCGAUCCACUCGGCGUGCGCCGCCGCCCUGGCCCGGCAGCACCACCGCGACGACACGGUGCGCCUGCUGCGCGCCGAAAUCCGCAAGCUGGAGCAGAAGAUCGAUAUGGACGAGAAGAUGAAGAAGAUGGGAGACAUGCAGCUGUCCACCGUCACCGACGCCAAGAAGAGGAAGACCAUCCUGGAGCAGAUCUUCCUGUGGGAGCAGAAUCUGGAGCGUUUCCACAUGGACCUGUUCCGCUGCCGCUGCUACCUGGCCAGCCUGCAGGGAGGCGAGCCCCCCAACCCCAAGCGCCUGCUGGGAUUCGCCUCGCGCCCCACCAAGCUGGCCAUGGGACGCCUUGGGAUCUUCUCCGUGUCCUCCUUCCACGCGCUGGUAUCCGCGCGCACGGAGUUGAGCGUGAAGCGGCGCGGGCAAGCCACACCUUCUCGCACCUUCAGCAAACGCCGAAGUCGCUUCUCGUCGCUCUGGGGGAUCGACACCGCCUCCCGCAGGAAGUCCAAGGUGCCGCACCCCACCGUCACCCAGGUGUUUGUUGACGGCGUCGAGCCGGCCAAAGCCCCCACUGAACCAACGUAUGAAGACUCGGCCAGCGACAAAUCUAAGGAGAGGGAGAGCUCGGUGAAAAGUCUUCCCCAGCUGUCCUUGGACAAUGAGGUGUGGCUCCCUGAGAACCUGGCCCCCUCCUGGGUGUGCCUACCCGGCGACCAGCCCAUCUUGGCCGUGGUGCAGCCCGGUGACACGACGUUGGAGGUCCUCAGCGCCGUCUGCAAGAAACACACAUUGGACCCUUCUGGUCAUUACCUGCGCUUGAAGGUGGCCGUGGAUGACCGCACGCUCCUCUACGUGCCCAAACACGACGAGGACGUCUACGAUGUGCUGUACCAGGAGAUCGAGAUCUGCACCAAAAUCACCCGGCUGAUCCAGUUCGACCGAGCCGAGUCGUGCACGCUGGGCUACGGUUUCUCAGUGUCUGUUCUGGACGAGGAAGGCACCCAGCGGCUUCACAUCGCUGACGUCAAAGCUGGCGGACUGGCCUCUGCUAAAGGUGUACGAGCCGGUGACGAGAUCCUGCUGUUGAACGGCAAGCCGGCCGCCGCCCUUCAGAUGGACGACAUGCGAGCGGCGUUUGCAUGCCAGACCCUGACGCUGAGCGUGGGCGCCCUUCCCCACCUGGACCCCGCCACCCUGUGCCCGCCGCCGCCUCCCAGACGCUGCGACGCCGACCCAGCCGCCGCUGGCACCACCACUGACAUCUUCUCACAGAGCCAAGAGGACAUCCUGGACGACGUGUCGGGUCUGACCGUGGAUGACACUUUGGACGAGGGGGUCCCGCAGAGUCCGGGAGAUCCUCCUGCAGAGAAGAUCUAUGCGCACAAGAACGCGGAGCAGACGUCGUCCUUCAACCACCGCAGCCACCACGACGCUCCCGAGCGCCCGAUGUCGUCUUCCUCGUCCUCUUCGUCCUCCUCGUCCCUCUCCCCCAGCCCGGUGUCGGCCCUGCCGCCGUCCUGCGCUCAGCGUCAGCUCUCGCACGCCGACAAGCUGCGCAAAGUCAUCAGCGAGUUGGUGGACACGGAGAAGACUUACGUUAAAGACCUGCGUUACCUCAUCGAGUGCUACUUGACGCCGCUGCAGAAGGAGAGCUUCCUCACGCAGGACGAGCUGGACAUUCUGUUUGGCAACCUGGGCGAGAUGGUGGACUUCCAGGUGGAGUUUCUGAGGACGCUGGAGGACGGAAUCCGACUGGUCCCCAAUCUGGACCAACUGGAGAGAGUGGAACAGUUCAAGAAAGUGCUCUUCUCCCUGGGCGGCUCGUUCUUGUACUACGCCGACCGCUUCAAGAUCUACAGCGCCUUCUGCGCCAGCCACACCAAGGUGCCCAAGGUGCUGGCCAAAGCCAAAACAGACCCGGACUUUAAGGCGUUCCUGUCGGAGCGGAACCCCAAGCAACAGCACUCGUCCACGCUGGAGUCGUAUCUCAUCAAGCCCAUUCAGAGGGUCCUCAAGUACCCCCUGCUCCUCCGCGAGCUCUUUUCCCUCACUGACCCCGACAGCGAUGAGCACUACCACCUGGACAUGGCCAUGAAGGCGAUGAACAAGGUAGCGAGUCACAUCAACGAGAUGCAGAAGCUGCACGAGGAGUUUGGCGCCGUGUUCGAUCAGCUCAUCAGCGAGCAGAAGGAGGUUAGCGACCUAUCCAUGGGGGAUCUGCUGAUGCACUCCAGCGUGGUCUGGAUCAACCCUCCGCCGUCUUUGGGAAAGAGCAAGAAAGACCCAGAAUUGGCCGCCUUUGUCUUCAAAACCGCUGUGGUGUUUGUGUACAAAGACUCAUCAAAGCACAGGAAGAAAAUGAGCUCCGCGCACCGAGCGUCCAUGAACGAUGAGCGCGAUCCGUUCCGCUUCCGACACAUGAUUGCCACCCACUCGCUGCUAGUCCGCGCUCUCGCAAACUCUGAAGGCACGGCCGUGUGCGAAAUAGUUCACACCAGGUCGGAAUCCGAGGGGCGACCCGAGAGAACAUUCCAGUUGUGCUGCAGUUCCGCGGAGAGCAAGAAGGAUCUGCUGAAGGCGGUGCACUCCAUCCUCAGGGAGAAGCAGCGGAGGCAGCUGCUCAAGACCGAGUCGCUCCCCCUUAGUCAGCAGUACGUCCCCUUUGGGGGCAAGCGGCUCUCCGCCCUCAAGGGGGCGCAGAGGCCCGCUGUCAACCGAGCAGCUUCAGCGCCGUCCCGUUCUCUGGCUCGCAGGAAGUUGUUGCGAAACCGUUUCACCAUUGACACAGACCUGGCCUUGGACACGGACCCGGUCUUCAACAACAACAACCACCAGCGGGACCCGGACUCGCCUGCGGUGCCCCCCGCCGCUCCCUCGGCGCCGUCUCAGCCCGCGCCCUCGGAGCUGUGGCCAGAGCAGCGGUUCGACUUGCAACCGUACGAGAACGGCACCAAGGUGAAGGAAACGGACAUUUUGAGCGACGACGACGAGUACUGUAAGUCACGGCGCGGCACAGCGGCGCCCUCACAGACCAGCGAACUGGACGCCAAGAUGGACGCCAUGGAGAUCCGUGGCGUGCUGAAGGCGUGCGCGGCGCAGCGGGGGCCCGAGCGCGACACCGUGUGGGUGCGCAGGGACGACUUUGGCUGCAACAGCGACGUCUUCUGAUGCCAGCGCACGCCAAUCACCUGCCGAUCAUGUCUGACGGGACGCGCUGGCCACUUCUUUAGGUACACCCUCCCAUGAUGUGAGUGUGCGAUUUCUGCCUUUCCCCUCCGUGAGGAUUACUGAUGAGCCCUAUUUUCACUUUAGUGCAAGAAUCCUAUCCAGUUUUGAGUUUCACUUCAAAUUUCCAGAAUAUGCUGUUAGAGCAACAGCCCUAAUAAUUUCAAGUCUAGUAUUUAUUUUUGAAGGUUCUUUUAAAGGGAAGUCAAGUUUGUUUCCAAUAAUAUGUUGUGGAAUAUGAAUAAAGCAAAAAUCCACCUGUUUUUUCUGAGAUGCAGAAAAAAAGGUGUUUAAUUUAUAGUGUUUCACAAAUAUUAAUAAAUAUUAACAAUAGAUAUUUUAAUCAGAAUGUUGUGUUUCGACUUGACUUCUCCUUUAAAAGCAGCAGCCAUCAAAUAUUGUGAUGUUUUUCAGCCCUCGACCAAUUGUAAUUCACAACACUCUGCCGAGAAGUCGAUUUCUUUUGAAGGAUAAACCCAAAUCCACAGUCUACCAGCAAUAAUACAAGACGACCAAAGUUUCCGAGAUCAAAGUUGUUUGUCACCUCCAACUUCCAGAAUAUACGGUUAGAGCUAGAAGCCCAUUUCUUUUGAAGGAUAGACCCAAAUCUCUUUUCCAUUUUGAUGCAAGAUGUCCCAGGUAGUCGAGAUCCAAGGCAACCUCGAUUCAGAGCUUCCAGAAUAGGCUGUAGGCUUGUUGGAGAUCCCCGCUGAUUUUGAAGGAUAGACCCACAUCCACAGUUUACCAGCAGCAAAACUCUCGUUGCUUUUUAGCACUACCAGAUGACUUAUUUUUAGGGCCCUAAAGUCUAUUUUUCCACACAAAACCUUUGAACCUGUCUAUUUUUAUGAUUUUUUUGUUAGCACUCAAGGGCUGCGUGCCAUUCACUUUUGCCUGCAGGUGGUUCUCGGCCGCUAUUGAUUGGUCGGGAUGUUUAUAUUUAUAAGACCCAAAUGCUCACUUUUGAUAUGAAAUAUUUGUAAAACGAUACAGUUGACUUUAUUGCCUUUCUGCUCUCAUUGUUUACUACACAGUCUGCAGUGUUAAUGCACCCUCACACGCCUCAAAAGUUGAAAUUAGUUUGGCAGCUUGGUGUCAUCGACUAAAACAAGAAGAAGAAAACGUCACAAAAGUAAACAGGUAAACCACUCAAGUCAUGGAAUGUUAUUAAUAAAAGCGACAGAACCAAGGGCAAAAGAAUAAAAACAGGAAAUGGACAGUUGACACUCACCAAAAUAAAAGGGAAACCGAUAGCCAGUGGCAAUGGAGCAAAAACAAGUUGACAUGCCAAAGUAAAAGCAGAACGGGCAAAAGCAGUCGGACCAUAGCCAAACUAAAGUGCUUUGUGCAUAAAAUGUGAGCCCAUGAAGCAAAACAGGAAGUAGCAAGCCAACCAAAAUCUUAGCAACUUAGCUUAGCAACACUUGACAGUACCCUCUCGUUGUGUUUUAGGCCCAAUUUACAUGAAUGUCUCCAUUGCUAAAGCCAAUCAACUCCAUCUUGUAGGCCACGCCCCCUUUGUAACCUCAGCAAUGGUCCUUGUUUACUUGAAAGUCAUCCCUGCAGUGUCUCUUCUUGUCCACUGGGCGCCGCUGUUUCACCGUUUGUUUUGCGCUUGAGAACAAAAUGACAGUCGCUGACAGUGAGCCGCUUUUUUGUACAAAUAAUUGUGAUGCAUUUAACUUAGCAGUUAAGUUUUGGGACUGUGAGACACAAUCCCCUUUUGAUCGUCUUUGUACUUUUUGCUACACGACACGUGGAGUAUUAUCCUUUGUAUGACAGCAACAACAAUAAACUUUAUACAUUUA